AUGGGGGCCGGGUAUGGUGAGGAGGGUGCCGUCGCUUUGCCCGAGGUACCCUCCAGAGAUACUGGACGAUGGAAUCAACAACUGGAAGCUCAUCUCAACAGCAUUUUCGAUUGUGAUUAUGUGCCCGAGAAGCGCGCUCUUCAAAUGGCACUGACGUGGACCUGUUUUCAGCUUUUACUGCAAGUGCAAGAAUGGGACCGAUUGUGCAACAACGUGAGAAGUGCUACGAAGGCUCCCCUGACGGACGCGGAACUGACUAAAUUGGCUGAAACUCGACCCAUUAGAGUCCUCUUUAUCGGUGAUCGGAACUUCAGCACGAUAUCGAAGGAACAGUUCAUGAUAUAUGCACAAAGCUGUCUUAAUCUGGUGAAUGCAGGCUUUGCAAAUAUUAACAUCAAGCUGAAGAUGACCGUUUACGACACCUAUGUGAUGAACGAGGAACAGGACAGGACCCACCUCUUGGAAGUUCCUGGUAGAAAUCUUCCCUCGGUAUACGCACACAAAACCAUGAAUAUACUUCAGAGAACAGUUAUUCAAUACCCUGGGGUCAACGAGUCCGACAUGGUCUUCGUAUUAACGAGAAAGAUUCUCCUCGACGAAAAGAACCACACUCUGCUGAGUCAUUUCCAUUGGCAUAUAGGACCCUGUGGAGGACGCUUGAAACCCAUACUCUACUUCGACGCUCCCUUUUCCUACGCAGCUACAAGAGAUAUGUGGUUCACCAUCCUGGCUGGGAUAGCGAAGAGUGUUUUAUGCAAGACGAACUCUCUGGCUUUGUGCUACAAACAGCUCAUCCCGGCAUAUAAGGAUGACUUGAAUUCAAGCCUAUGCCUCACAACGACAGGCACGCAAAAGGCGCCCACAUUCUCGGGAAUCGUGGGAUUCGACGUGGAUAAAUACUGUGAUACGGUGGCUGCUCAGUUCGGACUCGAAAGUGGCCGAAAGGAGAAUGUGAGCAGACACUGCAACCCACCGUGCCUCCGGGGCUAUUCAAAACAUGCCCCAUACCUUUAUCCAUGCCAGCUGUCGCACGCUGUAAGUACACAGGGCAUAGUCAACACUACCUAG